AUGAUACAGACAGGCCUCAUCCAGAAUGUCCAUGGCGAUCUCGUUACUGACGCGUGCUACGACUUUUACGGCCUCCGUCUAGCCACAUGUAGUUUGGACCAACGCAUAAAAGUCUGGCAGCUCGAUGAGAACAACACAUGGAACGUGGAAGACGACUGGAAAGCUCAUGACGCCGCUGUUUCGAAACUCAGCUGGGCACAUCCAGAGUUUGGCUCUAUCAUCGCCUCUGCCUCGUUCGACCGCACCGUGAAAAUAUGGGAGCAGUCCACCGCACAAGCCGACGCGCAGCAGUCUAACAACGUCAACGGCUCCGCGCAGAUCCACGUCCCCAUAACCUCACGCUGGAUAGAGCGCGCUGUGCUCUCAGACGCCAAAGGCACCGUCCGCGCCGUCGAAUUCGUGCCUCACCACUUUGGACUGAAACUCGCUACAAUAUCCACAGACAACAUGCUCCGUAUCUACGAAUGCGUCGAGCAGCCCUCGCUCGUCUCAUGGCAACUUACCGAGGAACUGGAUGUAUUGAGUAUAGCAGCCGGGCCUUCUCCUGGAUACCUCUCGCGCGCACAUACAAUGGCGCUAGCAACCCCCACCCAAACAAGCGCCACCCUGGAAGGUGCCUCCGCAACCCUUGUCGCCCAAGCCCUUCAGCAGUCACAAAACGCCGCCGCGGGGACUCCCAACUCGCAGGCCAGGGCAGGCCUUGGCAACCGUGAAGCCGACGGCGGUUGGUGUCUCUCGUGGUGUAAAGACAAAUACUGGGGCGAAGUGAUCGCCGCAGGGUGCGGUACGACAGGCGUCAUCAAAAUCAUCCAAAUCAACGCACGUAGAUCCUCUACCCUCCUCACCCUCUCCUCCUCUCCUACCACCGACGCCUCCACCUCUUCAUCCACACACGUAGGCACAACGGAUCCUACAGACUCGCGUACCUCCUCCAGCUCUGCAAGCACAUACGCUAUAACCUCAGUCGCCUGGGCACCCUCCUGCGGCCGCUCAUACCACCUCGUCGCAACCGGCGGCCGCGACGGCCACGUCAGAAUCUGGAAGGUCAAACCAGGCUCGGAGGACAUCGAUACUGAAAAUGUGGCCAUGGGUAUGAGCACGGGCGAGAGCGAGAGCGACGAUUCGAAAUGGACGGCUGUUGCUGUGGCGGAUUUCGAUCAGCACAAAUCAGCCGUGGGCAGAGUAGAAUGGAAUAUAACCGGAACUAUCCUAUCUUCCGCUGGAAACGACGGCCGCAUCCGCCUAUGGAAAGCAACAUCUGGCAACGUGUGGAGACCAGCCGGCAGUGUAGGCGUAGAACAGACCGAAGAGCCAACACAGCCGAACAGCAAGGAUGUCGAUAUGGAUGCGUGA